UCAAAAGUGCUUACGAACAACAAUUCCUUUUUCUAUCUGUUCAUACUUUGAAGCACAAAAUGUAUUCUUUUGUCUUGCCUGGACAUGACAAGGCUACUGCAGGUACGAAAAAUGCCGAUAGAGAAAAUCUUGGUCAGUUUUCAGUAUCCGGUGGGAGGCGCAACAAGUGUGUCAUUACUCCGGCUAAUGUCGGUAUGGUUGCUGAAACUAUAGAGAGAAGAAAUCAGAACUGGUUUGUUAGGACAAAAGUGGUAAAUGAUUUGAUCAUACAAGUUGGAGACUCCAACUUUUACUUGCACAAGAUUCCGAUGGUGAUGAGAAGUGGAUACUUGAAUCGACUAGUAUUCCAGAGAAUUAGUGUAGGGGGAGAUGCCAGCGCCAAAAUCCAGCUCGACAAUCUUCCAGGCGGAGCAAAAGUUUUCGAAUCUGUAGUCAAGUUCUGUUAUGGUUGGAAGGUUGAUCUAACCGCUGCCAACAUAGCUCCGCUAUAUUGUGCUGCGCAUUUCUUGGAAAUGAGUGAUGAUUUCGAACAAGGAAAUCUGAUUUCCAAAACCGAGACCUUUUUGAGCUUCUUGAUGUUUUCGUCAUGGAAAGACACCUUCCGGAUUUUGAGAAGCUGUGAAUCGAUCUCUUCGUGCGCUAAGGAGUUGAAAAUCUCCAAACGAAGUGCGGAAGCCAUUGCUUGGAAGGCCUGUACGAACCUUAAAGCAUUUAGUUCUGAAACUGAUGAAAUAGAGUGCUUCAAUGUUCUGCCAAACAAUGCAGAGAACCCGAGGUUUCAAGAUGCAGCUGACACUUGGUGGUUUGAAGAUGUCUCGUUCCUUCGAAUAGAUCAUUUCAUCGAAGUGGUCCAAGCCUUAAAACUUAAAGGGAUGAGAGCAGACCUGAUAGGAUCAUGUAUAGCGCAUUGGACUGCAAAAUGGCUCUCGCGAGUCACCUCUGGACUCGAAAGAAUGACCCCGAAGCAUAUGACACAUCGGUUCCUAAGAGUUACAACCGAGUGCUUGGUUAAGGUACUUCCUACGGAGGAGAAUUCAAUUACUUGCAACUUUAUACUUCAUCUUCUUAAGCUAGGGUUUAUGACAAAAAUAAACUCGGAAUUGUUGAACAUGCUCGAAAGAAGAAUAGCUUUCAUGCUGGAUCAAUGUCGCACUGCGGAUCUCUUGGUUAGGAACUAUGGAGAGAAAGAGAGUGUCUAUGAUGUCGGUCUUGUUAUAAGGGUGGUGGUGUCAUAUGUUUCCAUAGUUUUGAGUAGUCCAACACCAAAAAGGUUUGCGGUUGGAAGGCUGAUAGACGGAUAUCUUACCCUAGUUGCAAAGGAUGAGAACCUUAAGGUGAAGAAUUUCCAAUCACUUGCAGAAGCAUUGCCAAAAGACGCUCGGUUUUGCGAUGACAAUCUUUAUAGAGCCAUUGACAUGUACCUCAAGGUACACCCUAACUUAACAAAAGAAGAAAGAAUGAGUCUCUGCAGAAACCUGGAAUAUCAUCGGUUGUCACAAGAAGCGCGCAAGCACGUAAUGAAGAAUGAUCGGUUACCCUUGAAGAUUAAUACCCGAUUUAUCCUUCUUGAGCAAGUAAACAUGUCAAGGUCCAUGACAGCUAUUGGAUCAAAUUACCGAAGAACGCAGACUCAGGCAAUUGUCAGAGUAAAUAAAGGUUUAGGAAAGGGAAUGGCGAAUUCGCAGAAGGAAAUAAAUUCAAUGGCAGAAGAGGUUGAGACAAUGAGAUUGCAGCUCAAUGAUUUGAAAAUUUGCAAAAUAAAGCUUCAAAACCAAGUGAAGAGAUGUAUCGUGUAGAAGAGAACUGUGAGUUUCAUUCGGAAAAUGUACUUUCUUUUCGUUACAUAAUAUGAACAGCCUACCCGAGCUGGACAUUGUUAUUCCAUAUUAUGAUUUCACAGAAUUUCAGACACGCUA